AUGAUCAACAGCCAGUCCAGUGUUUUUUCCCAGUCCUCCGGUCAACCGCCUCAGUCUACGCCACAGCCGAUACCACCCGAGUCAGACUACCACAGCGGCGCAACCGAUUAUUCCAUCUCUUCGUUUUCUCGCAUUCCCUCUGCUUACCCAUUACAACAACUCAUGCAGCAGUCUUCCAAAGCUGCCACUGAAAUGCCCUUUCGAAAGCCUGCACCGCAGUCUGACUUUCUCUCGGAUCUGUCCGGAUUCGUGGGAAACGGUUGCGUGGCGAACGGCGAAUUCGCCAACUCACCAUCUCUGCAAGCAGCAGCUGCCUUGGCUGCGCAACACCGUCCACUAUAUCGACCUUUUAACACAGAGGCUCCCUCACCACCUCAGUCCGCAGGUCGACUCAGAAGCCCUCCAUUCAGUUCCGCUGGAAAUCUCCCUUCUCGUAGUUCUGCUGAAAGCGAACAAACGCUUGGUGAUUCUAAGUCAUUAGGGGCAUUAUUAAGAGAAAUUGCUGGAGUACCGGCAUCAACUUCUGUCUCAGUUGGAGCAGCAGCAACAAUGAACACUCUGAGACAGGCUAGUGUCGGCAGCUCUGGAAGGAUUAGUGACAUAUCCAGAUAUGAAAACUCUAAUAUUCCAGGCUUUGGAGGAGUCGGUGACCAGUCUUUGCUGGGGCAACAGCAUCCAUCGGAAGGAUUCCUAGAUACUUUGACAAGUGGAACACCCGGGCGGUUACCACCCCCUCCUCGAAGCCUCUUCCAAUCGCCUCCUAACAGCCUGCAACAUCCCCACGCCGCAGGCAUGAUGUCCCCGGUGCUGCCUUCACCUACUUCUCACCAACCACCACCACCAUCGCAUCAACAGUACUUCAGACCCCAACCAAGCCAACCACAAUCCCAUGGACCGCCACCUCCACCGGACCUUUUUCAGACCCCGAGAAUCGCAAACAGCGUUCAAGCGGCUGCCGCUGCUGCGGCCCUGGCCCUGGGGAACGGCUCUGGACCGAUGGCUCCAAUUCCAACCUCUUCGGAUGUUACUAACCGACUGGGGCCGCCUCCGUGUUUCAUGCCAUCUGUGAUUAUGCCAAAUAACGGAGAUGAGGAUGAUGCACCUCGUGGAAGGAAAAAGAGGAAACCGUAUACGAGAUAUCAAACGAUGGUGCUAGAGAAUGAGUACCUCGUGGCCACGUAUAUCACUCGCCAAAAGCGAUGGGAGAUCUCAUGCAAACUCCAUCUAACAGAGCGCCAGGUCAAGGUAUGGUUCCAAAAUCGAAGAAUGAAAAGCAAAAAGUUGCAAGCCCGCGCUCCAAACUUGAAUAGUUCAAACAGCAAACAUGAUAAUAGUGGAGCGGAGGAGGGACAUGGUGGUGGAGCUGGUGAUGGAGGCGGAGGAUCCCGCAGUGGAUGCCCCAGCACCGUUUCAAGUUUAGACUCGGGUGCUCCAUCACAGCACCCCAACAAUCUGCAGCCCUCGUACAAUAGUUCUGGUGGCGUAGGUGGAUCUUACCCCGGUGUUCCACCACCCUUUCACUUUACCUCCGCUAUGAAGAUGGAUCCCAGCAAGAGUCCCGCCCAACAGUCGGAUGGAAAAGACUCAAUCAAUAACGAUUUUGCAGCUUCCACCAAUAACUCUCAGCUCCCAGUGAUCAACCCCUUUGAGCCAUCGAAGUUACAGCCACCUCAAUCAGCGGUAUCAGGGACAUUUGAUCCCUCCAGACGGUUUGAUAUGCCCUACUCUGGUGGAAUUCACAUGCCACCACCUCCACCACCAUUUAAUUCAACUACGGUGGGUGGGCCACCUUUUCAGCUGCCGCAGUUUUUGCAGCAUUCGCAGCCACCGCCACCGCCUCCAUGA